CUGGAUUUAAUUUCUAUAUUUUUUAAUCGCUUAUGUGUAUACAAUGGAAAUGCUGCGAAAUGGAGUCUAUAUACGGACGCAGUUUAAGGGAGGGCGUGAUUUUAGUCGGUAAAGCUUCUGUGGUGAUUUCAGCGGUGAUCCUGCUAGCCAGCGUCGUGUGCCUUACAACAAUAUAUAUAUCAGAUGUCCAGAUAAAUAUAUAUCCCGUAAUGGCCGUCAACUUGAUUCUUGGCUUAGUUGCGUCUGGCUUUUCUGUUUACAGCAUUAUAAUAUCUCUCUUAUUGCUCUGGAGAGUUAAGCAGAGUACAAAAGGCAAUAUUUUUAUUUGUUCAAUGUGGUACGUAUCCCAAAUGUCGAUGUUGGCAUUAUACUUACUGCUUUUCGUCGCUAAGUUGACUGUAUGCAUCGCCAGAAAACAUUAUUUUACUGCUGCAUUCACUGUUAUAAUCGGAAUUUUAUAUGAAGGUGUAAUGAACUAUUUUGCGAUUGUGGUCAACAGUUACUUGCAUUCUUUACAUCAAGAAAGAUACCUGUAGUUAUACUGAGCAAAUCAUUUCAAGUUUAAAGGGUCGCUGGCUGUAUGGUGAUAUACCUUUGCCCUUUCCUUAUGGGAAAGACUGAAAAAAAAAAUGUGAAGCAUCGUUUUAGCCAAUAAUUGUUUUAA